AUGGCUAUAGAUAGCGGUAUUCGUAGGUUUGAAAAUAGCGUCUACAACCCGCUCGUAGAAAUUUCUAUAUAUAAUAACCUUAAAAUUAAUAGUAUUAAUAAUUAUACUACGUUAGAGGUAUUAAUAAAUAUAAUAAGGGAUAAAAAUAAGGAGGUAGUUAUUAUAAGAGUUUAG